UCAAUUGUCAAGUUGAUGUACUUACUUACGCAAAGAGAACUUCUUUCAGAGACCCUCCCAAGCAAUCAACACGUGUCCCUCCUCACGGGGCGGCGGUUGUAAUCCUCCAAGUGUUAUCUGCACGACGAUAACUGUUACCCCGCACACGGUAGGAUCUGUUCGGUGGAGACAAAGGGGACCCGAUAACCGUGGGAAUUCGGUGCCUAUCGGCCUUCUGGGCCCAAGGAGGGUGGCCCUCGAGGCGGAUGAUUUCGCAUGAAGCCGUCUGGUUCGUCGGAGUCUCUCCGAUUUCGCCACUUUCCUUUUUUUCUGCCGACCGAGCUCCAACUUGCGUCAUCUCGAUUUGUCGUGACUCCAAGAACAGCAUCGCAGCUUUAUUGCAUAAGUGGACAAUGCAAUGAGCACUUCGAAUGAUAAUUACACAAUCCACAAGGUUUCUCUCAAACGUACGCGUCAAGCAUGUGGUCCAUGUCGUCGCAAGAAAGCUCGCUGCCCGGGUGAGAAGCCCAUAUGUUCACUAUGCGAUAGGCUGGGCCAAAGGUGUACCUAUGGAUCCCAGGAAACGACUAGUCGCACCCGAGGCCGUACGACAUCCGCGAAUGAUGAAAACUUAAAUCUUGAUGGAUCAGUCGGGGGCGCCGAUCCGGAUGUUUCUUCUGCGUGGCGUGUCCAGCGUCUAGAACACAAGCUGGACGAAAUUUCAUCAUUGCUUCGGGAACGUCUUCCACCGAGCGAUACCUUGAUGGAAACUCUGAAUGGGGCUCUACCCACAGCUCUAGAGCAUAUUCAAACCCGGCCUGACGUGGGACUUAACCUGGGUGAAAUAGUAACGGUGGACGAUGAGUUGACAAGCUGCCCGCUAUCCCCUUCAUUUAUCCACGGUGAAGUCGAGGUUUAUCUCAAUAAAUUUCACGAUCAGCCCUACUGCGUGUUCGUCGAGCAAUGGCUUCGGGAAAAUGCGAGAUCUUUGCCAUUGGAAAUCGUCUUCGCUCUGGUCGGCCUUACCCGACGCCUUACGGUCAAUUCUCCUGGAAUGCCCAACCUGGAUACACCCACAGGAAAGUAUUGUACGGAGAGAGCUUGGAAAAUACUGUCAAAGCAAUACCAGCAGGGCAAGAAGGGCAUUUCAUUCCUACAGGCUACGUUUCUUGUCGCUCAGCUAGACUUUGCUGAUGGGAAUGCGCACCGCGGUUGUGCUUCGGUUGCUGUUGGUCUCCGAACAAUUCAGUCGUUUGGGUUCAACAAGGGCAAGACACUCUCCUCAUUCACCAAGACCGAGGCAGAGGCUAGAAGGCGAAUCACAUGGGCAUUUUUCAUGCUCGAUCGCACUUACAAUGCUUCGCGAAACUACUCGCUAUGCCUCUCUGAUAAUCAUUUUACGUUGUUUUUUCCUUCGGCCUCGGAAGAUUCCCCCGCGCUGGGUACGCUGCAUGAGAAAUCAAUGAAACAGGGGCAAAAGGUUGAUCAAGGCAUUGUCGCUUGCCUCCUCAGGCUAUACUCACUCUGGGGUAAAGCAACAGAAUGGGUAUUCGAGCCUCUUCCCACAAAUACUCUGCCCCCCUGGCGGACCGGCUCGGCUCUUGCGAUACUCGAAUCGGAGUGGAUGAUUUUCGAGACCCAAUUCGCAGAUGUCCAUCGCUACAUGAACGUUGACUUUAAACGACGAGCGCGGCAGGAUCCUCAAUCUCGGCCAUACCUGUCAACCUGGCUCUGUGUUCAAUUCUUGUUUCAUUCGAUCCAGUGUCUUCUUCACCAUCCCUUUGUGACUAUGAUCAAAUUGCGCCAUCUGAGUGAAAAUCUGUCGGCAACCUUUCUGCAGAAGUCCUUUGAAACAUCUUUGCUUCACUCUCGAUGGAUUGCAAGAUUUAUCAAGGAAAUGGCAGAGGUUGAUCUGCAUCUGUGUGACCCUUUCUUUGGAUAUCUGGCCGCAAUCGCUGCUACGAUUCAACUUGAGCACACUGGAAACAAGAAUCCGCAAAUUGCACUUUUGCUUAACAAUGAAUACCGAGUCCUUGUGAAUUUUAUCACAGAACUCUCCUCCCACUGGGAGAAUAUGGGCGUAUUGGCGCACCGAAUAAACGAAUUAGCGGCUCGCCAUAGCAAUUAUGGAUCUCUGUUCUAUAAUCAAGACGGCUUUUCAGGAGCCUUGUCCAGCAUGCCCACGCCUGCAAACCUGCCCAGAAUGUCAACGGAAGACGAGAAAUUGAUGUGGGACAUUCUAGAUUUUGCUUCUUCCUCUAGCCCCCUGGAAGCUACGGAGGCUAUUUCGACAGCACCGUCGAGGAAGAAAAGAAAAACAACAAAACUGCCGACGGGACGAUUCACGCGACAAAGAAAUCUCAGAGAACAAGGAGACAUGGAGAAUACACCUACUCCUGGCGUGCCCUCUCACGAAGAUCAUACCUUUAACGGAUUGAGCGGGCCAAUCGUGAGCGAUGAAUCUAUACAUGAUUGGCAAUUCCCCGAUCGAGGUGGGAGUAAUGGUCCUGGGUCAUUGGUACCCGAUAUACCUGAUUGGAUGAUCUUUGGAGACUUUAUGUCGGAACAUCUUUGAGUGUAAUGCUUCAAGAUAAUAUGUGUGCGCGGCACAUCGCCUGACGAUGAGUUGAACCGUGGCUGUGACUACGAAGCUGAAUCGGAAACUUCCUGGCCGUCCUUGUCAGUUUCAAUGGCGACUUUUGUAUCAUAUAAAACAUCUCAUUUCAUGACUGGCUGGUAUGUGGGCAUGCUACUUUUCUCAUUAGAUCUUGCUCUGUCUGACAGAAGCUGCUAAAGCAGAGUCGAAGGUGAUCCGCUCUUUGGAAGUCAACUCCCGGCGCUCGGGACCACCGCGACUCCCAUCGCCACCAAAGACUUCUCCCUGGAAACGCUCGCGGAAUUGCGUUGGGAACUUCCACUUGUUGAGAAGGUUCUGUGGAAGCUUACGCUCGAAGCUGCCCACGAUGUACUUUCCGAUCACUGGCAGGAAUUUGAAUGCGCUAGAGAGCGUGUUAGCACCGUCAUCCACUUGUAAUUCCGAAUGUUAUGUCAACGUACUGCCCACUUCCACCUGUUGCGAUGAAAAGAUUCUUGUGCUCAGGAUGGUAAUCCAGGAUGAAGUCACCGGUGGGUGUAUCAUUGUACCAGCAGAUUCCAGUUCUCUCGAAGCCGCGCGAUGCGAGAUGGGGGAAGAGAUCUUGGAGACCGGCUUCCAUCCUCUUCAAUCCCUCUGACGGGACAAAAUUGGCUCGUGCUGCAACGGAGUUGGUGGGAGGUGACGACACAUUCGCUUUCUCGUCAUUCCGAGUGUAUCCAAAGCCAUGAACGGCUACCUUCAAAAAGCCAGUGCCCCCGUGUGGCGGAAAGCAGAAGAACCCAGUUGAAAAAUUGAAAUAAAUAGGCAUCUUCUUCAGUUGGACGGCUUCUUCAGAAGUGAGUCGAAGAUAACCGACGAUCUGACCGGCUGCGAGCAUUGAGUUCCAUGCUGGUACCAAACUGGGAGUCCAUGCACCCGUAGCCACGAUGAACUUAUCACCUUCCACCCUGUUGCGAUCAGCUGUGCGAACACACUUGAUGCUGCCAUCGGCACUCUGCUCAAAUUCGGUGACGUGGCCAUUGGGACCAGUCAUGAAUGAUACCCCAGCAUGAAUACAGCGGGCAGCAAGACGAGCGAUAGCUUUGCCGGCAUCAGCCCAGCCGGCGUUAGUAUUGUAGAAUCCAUCAAAACCGGUCGUGGCCAAGCGUCCCGUGAGUUCAGGAAAGCGUUCCUUGGCUGACUCCACGCUCGUCACGGCAUGCCAUGGCUGUCCCAUUUCAGUCAGAACUUGCUUGGUCUUUGCGCUAUACGCUUGUGCUCGAGGCUGAACUGGUUGGUCGGCAGUACCCUCCUGGCAUACCCAGAGACAUGGCGUGGGGUAAAAUGCAUCAUUGAACUCUGCGGUCUUCCACAACUCGUACGCCUCUCUGGCGAUUUCUGCAUAGAUAGCAUCACCAUAGUCGAAUCGUAUGAUGCGAGAGAUAUCGUUACUCGAACCAUCCGGUACCGGUGGCAUAGAGCGAUCGAGGACGGUGACUGAAGUAUAACCCUCUUCCUUGAAUCGUAGAGCUGCUCCAAGUCCGAAGACGCCGGCUCCAAUGAUAACAAUUCGUUGAUUUUUGUCCAUUGUGAAUUUGAUGGAGGAACUUGAGCGAGGGAGAAUUCACCAAGAUAUCUUGCUAUCAACUUUAAGUAG